AUGACAGCUGGACAGUGCGAGGAUCUGAUUCUCACCCGCCCCAAGCGUCACAGCUGGAGACCCAUUCCCACAAAAAGCCUGGUUUCGGAGACGCAUUCGUUGGCAAAAAACGGUCUUGGGACCGUUUGUGGGUUUGACUUGAUUGCCAUGGCUACUUUCUUGCCGGAUAAUGUUGAGAGAAGGUACCGAGUGUGCGCUUGGGUGUCUGUUCUUUGCCUGUACCUUGUGCCGACCGCCUAUGUGAUGUGGAAGGGCUACAGCAUCUACAAUUCUGACCUGCCCUCCUUACAGACCUCGAUGUCAGCAGAUUGGGGUGCGUGGCCGUAUUUCCUGUUGUGCAGCGCUGAGGGGUUGAUGCGGCCACUCGUCUGUGAUUGUUCGUUCGGAUCGCUUCUACAAGUCCAUGCCGGGACGAAGCUGCCACAAAAUGAGACCAGGCAGUGCACCCCAAACAGGACAUGGUGCAGCUUGGAUGGCCGCGAGGACGUUGAAAGGCUCACCAGCAUUUUCAACGUAGAUCUUGGAUCUCUGCGUUGCAUGGCAAUCAAUGCCACAAUGCUCAGGCCGAAGUGGUCAAAUGAUCGGAUGGGCGCGCCUCCUGAAAUCAGGUUCAAGCUUUUUGCGGAGAAGCAAGAACCCAUCACCUUGUGGGCGAUGUCAAGUCGUCCGCCACCUGACCUUCGUGUUCUAACAGGUUUUGUGCCAGGCACAACAGUGGCAGUGCUUAAACAAAGACGAGAAGGAAGAAUACGAGUGUCCACGAACCCUGCUCUGAAGAACAUGUCAAGAAACUUCUGGGGGGAGAUCAAAGAGCGACACUUCUAUGAGAGUCUAGCGUCCGUCCUGUACCCAAAGCUCAUUGACACCUACAGUACCCAACUGGAGUUUCAAUACCCUGGACUGAAGGACAGGGAUGGCAUUUCGCGCUAUGACGUGGAUUUAAAAGUGGCUUCACCGCAUGUGGUGGAAGAGGUGGAGAUUGGCCGCUGCCCACAGAUUGCAUUUUUGCUAGCCCAACUUGGUGGGUACACGUCACUUCUGUCAGUUAUUUUGACUGCCAUUUGGGUGCGCCGCUGGCCGCAGAGCGCAGUGGUACAGACCUACGAGGCCCGAACGUUCCUCCUGGCCGAUCGGAGUGGGGAGCCACCAAUCUUGUACGAUGUAGAUCAGUCGUGUGAGUCGUCUGAGAUUACCAGCUCUUAG